AUUUAAAGCGACUCGAUACCAAUAGGUUUUGGGAUUGAAUGAAAUGAUGUCUAUGACGAGCUCGAACAGUCCGAUAUUAUAUGAGAAUCUAAAAGAGCUCUGUGAAUCACGUCUUUGCAGUAUUCUUGGAGAUGCAUCAUAUACAGAAUGCCAGGCGGAAACAUGGAACACGGAGAUUAUACAUAGUUUAUUAGAAGGAUUAAAAACAUAUGCGCCUCGGUAUAAAUGGAUUGUAACGUCGUCGAUUAUUGAGAAAUCGUCAAAUAUUUCUCUUGGGAUACAUUCAGUACAAGGAGCAUAUUGGAACAAUGAAAAAGAUGGAAUGUUAAGAUAUGAAUGGUCAAAUCAAUAUUUGAGAGUAGUUCUUGGAAUGUCAUGGAUUCAAGUGUGAAAAGAAAAGGGAUAUAUUAGGUAAAAUAAUAUUUAGAGAAUAUUUU